GCUCAUAUUGGCCUUGUAGCGGCGCGCGAGAGCACGAGUAGACGAGAGGGUGCCCGCGCACGCGCUAUUAUUGUUUUGACUGAAAAUGCCGUCGGUUUCGAAAACGGCGGCGAGCGCUUCUCCUCAAACCGAGAAACCAACCCACUAUACAUAUUUGAAGGAGUUCAGGACCGAGCAGUGUCCACUGUUUUUGCAGCAUAAAUGCACACAGCACAGACCCUUUACGUGUUUCCACUGGCAUUUUCUAAAUCAGCGAAGACGGAGACCCAUACGAAGAAGAGAGGGGACUUUUAAUUAUAGCCCAGAUGUGUAUUGCACGAAGUAUGAUGAAACAACAGGAAUAUGUCCCGAUGGAGACGAUUGCCCAUACUUACACCGGACCACCGGGGACACAGAGCGCAAGUACCAUUUACGCUACUACAAGACCGGCACCUGCAUCCAUGAGACAGAUGCUCGUGGACAUUGUGUGAAGAACGGUCUCCACUGCGCCUUCGCUCAUGGACCACACGACCUUCGGCCACCCGUUUAUGAUAUCAGAGAGAUCCAGGCACAGGAAGCUCUGCAGAACGGUCAGUUGGGAUCUGGGGAGGGAAUUCCUGACCUGCAGCCAGGUGUGCUGGCCAGCCAGGCCAUGAUUGAGAAGAUCCUGAAUGAGGACCCACGCUGGCAAGACACCAAUUUUGUUUUGGCCAACUAUAAAACCGAGCAGUGCACCAAGCCUCCACGUCUAUGCAGGCAGGGCUAUGCCUGUCCCCACUAUCACAACAGCAGAGAUAGGAGAAGAAAUCCCAGAAAGUUCAAAUACAGGUCGACGCCCUGCCCGAGUGUAAAGCAUGGCGAUGAAUGGGGUGAACCCUCCAAGUGUGAGAGUGGGGACAGCUGUCAGUACUGCCACUCUCGCACCGAACAGCAGUUCCACCCAGAGAUUUACAAAUCUACAAAAUGCAACGACAUGAGGCAAACUGGAUACUGUCCGAGGGGUCCAUUCUGUGCUUUUGCACAUGUGGAAAGAAUUCCUUCCACAGAGGAGACUAUGAGCACGCUGCUCACAGCAAUGCACUUGGGUUCUCAGUCCAAGCUGGGCUCUCUGCAAUAUCCAGAGUGUCCAGUCAGUGAGUGGAGCAGCAACAUGAAUUCCAUCACCAGCAGCGCCAGUAACAACGGCCAGACAGGACACGUAUCAUGCUCUAAUAGUCCAACUGUAAUACCUGGCUCAGGAAGUUCUUUGUCCCCAAUUGGACCCAUCAGCAGGCCAAAAUGCUUUACUAAUGGUAGCUUUUGUUCAGAGUCCACCACGUCCAGUGUUUCCUCUCCAACGUCUAGCUAUCCCAGAGCUCCGGGUUUUGAACGGGAGGAUCAGGCAAAGAACCAGAAGAGCCAGUCUGGGGAAAAUAAUCAGAGGUUAAUGGACCAAGACAAACAGGCUCAUAGCAAUGUGUUCUCAGUGGUGAACCCAUUAACAUCCAGCAUAACAUCAAGCAUCACUUCCAGCUUGGCCUCAAGCAUCGGAUCUGACAGGUCGUCACCCACCACUUUAUCAACCAUGAAUGCAAAAGCCACACCUUUCUAUCCAGGCAGCAAUACUGUGGAGUCAGUAAUAGGAUCUGCACUUGACCUGAAUUUUAGUGACAUCAAUGUUGCCUCCCUUGACAAAGAGCUAGAGGACCAAGACAGCAAUGGCCUUGGCUUACCAAGUCAGAGGUUAUUAGGAGGCUCUGCUCCUGUCAAUAUUCCUGGCUCUCUAGCUCGGUCUUCUUCUGUGCAUUCCUCAUCGUCUCUAUCUGCGUCCCCGCUCAGCUCUCUGUCUCAAUCCCUGUCCCAGUCUCUCCUCACUGGAAUGGCCUCCCAGCAGAGCCAGCCACAAGCACCACCUGUUAAAACCGAGCACGGCCUUCUGGGAACACCCACAUCUACGCAGAACUCCUUAGGUCUGAAUGGCGGAGCAGGGGGAAUAUGGGACUUUAUGAGUGGCAGCUUCUCUCCCAGCCCGUCUCCUGUGUUCAGCAGCCUUACUUCCAGCACGGUCGGCUCCAGCAGUGCAGACAUCGGCCGGCUCCUCCGAGAACUGGAUGAAGCCAAGCGUAAGAUAAAGCAAUGGGAGGAGGCCUGGCACCAAGUCAAACAGGCCUGUGAAGCAUGGCAGAAAGAUGCGCACGAAGCGAAGGAGCAAGCUAAAUCGGCAGAGGCAGAGCGGCAGCUAGCGGAGCAGAAGCGGGAGGACACCGAGCGCAAGCUGAAGGAACUGCAGGUAGACUUUGAAAUUUUGUGUCGCUCCCCCAACACGCCCCUCCUGCGCAGCUACGGUGAACUGGACCAGCUCCCCCUGCCAAAGCUCCGCUCCAUCCAGAGUCAGCUGCGCAAUGACCUAGACCUCAUAGACGGGGUAAUAUAUCAGCUUCAGUCAAAGAAAUGUAUAGUUUGCCAAAAGCAUGAUUGUUCCAUUGUCCUGCAGCCUUGCCAACAUUAUGUACUUUGUCAGAACUGUGCGUCUAGUAAAAUGGAAAUGUCCUUACUGUAAGACGAAAAUAUUGAAGUGGUGAUGUACAGCUAUCCAAGGUACUAUUUAAUGAUUUAGCCCUUUGAAGAACUACUAAUACAUAUUAUUAUAAUUAUUAUUAUUAUGCUUACAGUUUCUAAAUAGCAUUUUUCUGUCUGUGUGUUUCAGUAUUUCAUAUAGUGAUUCAAUUGAUUAGUUUUAUUAAAAUCUAAUAAGUGGUUUUUGACUGAUACAGAUCAAGUACUUAAAUGCAAUACCUGUUUUGUACAAGCUAGGUUAUCCAUUUUCAUAAAGCAUUUAACUAUUCCCCCUUGGUUAUUGCUGUUGGCAUUUAUAGUCGAUUGGCCCUGAUUUGACUGUUAGCAACAAAAUCAUCGGCCCAACGCAAUUAUUGCUACUAGCUAUGUGAAGAGGAUUUGUUUCUUGAUAAGCACUUUGUUGACUUGGAAAAUUGUCUGAGGGUAUUUUUUUUCUAUUAGAAUUUUUUUGCUUUAAGCUGCUUUGUAGUUAUUUUGUAUCAUUUUCUUAGAUUUAUAUUUUUCCCAUAUAUGCUAAAGUAUGAAGCCUUUGUGUGUACUGUGAAACAUAAUAGAAUAUUUCAUUUUUCUAACUGUUAAAUCAUGGUAUAGUGUAUAUAUCUUGUUAGUUUUCAUAUAAAAUAGUACUACAUAGUAGUUAUUACUUUCAUUGUUACUUAAAUUUUUCAAUCAAAUAAGUGCAAACUUUGAAUGCAUUUUAGGCAUAACCAGCAGCUGUAAUAUCAGUAAGGCACAUACUGUAUGCUAAGACAUUUAGUAAAUGGAUUUCUCCACCUUAUAGUGACUAUUUAGAUACAUUAUGUAGUUGUUAGAUGAGCACAUGUGUGCUGAAGUCCUCAGCGACACAGUAUUGUGUUUGUUUUUUGGACUUUAGCCUUUCAGAUAUGUUAGAACAUAUAUCUGAUUCCUGGCCACUCCCUCUUAAGUGCCUUGCCUUAAAAACAUCUGUGAAGGGUUUAGGAUUGUAUUAGAAAAACCCAUAGCUUGUGCAAAUUUCUUCAAAGUGUGUAUUUUUCAGUAGUACCAUAUUAACGGAGCAUUUAGCGGCCCAAUUCACUACUAAAGUAUUUCCGAGAGACUUCACCCUGGUCGGUGCCUGAGCUCUGAGGUUCAGCUGAAAAAUCGAUUCUUUUCCAUAAAUAACGAUGGUGCUUUUUGGAUGCAGCUUCAUUAAUCUUAGAAGUGUUGAGUCAUCUUUGAUUUAAAUGUUUAGGGAUAUUCAAAUCAGGAAAUGCGUGUGUUUCUUUAAAACUAAAAAACUAAACUGGCUUAGUACAUUUCUGUUUAUUGAAAUGUGUAGAAUCGUAGAGCUCUGUAGAGUUUAACGACAGAAAUCAUUGGUGUUUUUCGUAUCCAAAUUCGACAGUGUAAUGUGCUUAGUAAUUUAUUUGAAAUGACCUGCUACUGUGUUAUCUGAAACUUUUUUUCUUUUUUUUCUUGUUCCUUUCAUAUUUACAGCAAUGAGUUUGUGCGGUAAAUUGUCAGGUACAUACUACAUAAAGGUGCAUAAAGUUUAACCGGGAUUAAUAGUUUACUUCAAAAGGGAUGGUUAUUGAGGAUCUAAUUGUCCAGACCCUCGUAUUUUAUUUCAGCUUCUAGAGGCAGAGACUCUUUCUUGCAUUCGUAUCUUAAUCCACAAGGUCUGUAUGUAGCUGAUGUUCUUGACAUUUGGACUGAUUUGUCACUGCAUGUGUCAGUGUGUAACUUUUGUUAACCAGCUGAAGCUCUUAAUCACACUGCCAAAUGUGUUUGUGUUGAGUAGACGUAUCCAGUUGUUGGUUCGGCAUCACAGUAAUUUUGUGCUGUGCUUUAAAAGCAUUGACUUUGUGCUUAUCUUUUCUAGUCUGAUUAGCGGAGACGUUUUCCUUUCCGGUGACAUAGAUAGGUUGAAAUGGAUCAAAGCAGCUCGGGGUAUUGUGAUGUUUCCAGCACUCAAGUGUUCAAGAGCUUUGCGGACAUGUCACUUUAUUGAGGGAUUAGUUGCAUUGUUUGGUUACUGGACCACAACGUAGGGUUUUAUAGAAUUAUAAAAUGCGGUUGAAAUCUUUGACAUUUCACACAACGUUUAUUUCUCAAAGAGUUCUAUCGAAUCAAAUGUGGACUUUACUCAAAUGAACCAAAGUAGUUUUAUAGUUUAAGCUUGUUUCAAAGUUCAAUUGAAGUGGUGUACAAUUACUAUAUCAGUUUUUCAAUGUUUAAUUUGACAGGACAACUAUGCCAACUGCUUUUGCUGACAAUAAUAAUGGACUGAAUGCCCAUUUUUGUAGUUUCUACCAAAGACCUUUAGUAUUCUUUGUUCUCUCUUCAAUUGUCUAACUGCAUUUUCAUUUUAACAUUCUGAGGAAAUAAGUUAGAAAUAUGACCAAAUCCAGUACCUUUUUUUUAACAUAAUGUUCAUUCAAAAAAUCCUAAUGAAUCACAAAUCUUUAUGAACUGAAUAUAAAGAUUUUUUUUUUCUUUAAUUUCUCAGUGAAAACGGUAACAUAAGAAAUGGCUGUUGUCUACAGUGAAGGAAUGUCAUAGUAAUGAAUGGAUAUUUGUGUUAAUAUUCUUAAGUGGCCAUAUGGAUUAGUGCUUAUUUGAAGUAUAUAUUAUUUCUUUUUAUACUAUUAGUACUUAUUCGUAAAAUUCUGAAAUCAGUUUUGAAACAUUAGUUGUUGUGCACUACAUGUAUGCUGUCAGGAAUUUAAAAGAGUGCUCGGCCCGUAAGGUGCUUUCUUUCGUUUCCAUUUGACUGGCGUUUGUUUGUUUAGUUGGGAUUCUUAAGAAUUUGGAUAUGAAAGAAGAAAUCUUCAAACUUAUUUUUUAUUUUAUAAUUAAUAUUUUUUUUUACCUUGAAGUUUAUUAUUGUAUUGUCAAAUGUUGUCUUCAAUGACUGUGUAGAACAUGUUUGAUUGUGAUGUUAAGUUGCUCCCUUGUUCAUGCUAGUUGAAAUGGCUGAGACAGACAGUGGGUUACAUUUAUGAAAACUGUUCAAGUAUCUACAUUUCCUAGCCUUAAACCUCACUUUUUGGUCUAGUUAUGUUUUCCAGUUAUAGUAAUGAAUAAGAAAAUAAAUAUUUUCUUUUUUUAAUAUAAAAAAA